AUGGCUUCGUCGCAAGCGAGUACAGCUGACUCAAUCAAUUUCUCCUCAUUCAUAGAAGAUGACCCUCAAGUGACGGGUGAGACUACACAAGAAAAUAACGUUUUGCUUGUCCAAGCAGAUGCAAGCAUCACCCGAGAAGAAACCGCUAAUGGAUCGCGUCACGCAAGUGAAUCGCUCGAUGAUGCCAGGAAACCCCCGAUUGCGUCCGAAGAAGCUUCCGAACGACGCGGCUCCAGUCAUUCCAGCGAAACAAUCAGCAGUGGCAGUACUGUCUUUCUCCACCCAGAGGAGAGCGGUCAAGGUGUUCCCGAUCCUGUGAAGACGCCGCAAAUCACGCUACCUUCUGGAAACAGGGAGAGUAGCACCGGUCCUGCGCCCAGUGCUGGCGCUGAGAAUGUCGUCGAAUCCAACAAGUCACCGAUGACACCACCCGCUUCCGCUGUACCUACCUCGUCUUAUAGCUUGCGCAGCCGAACACAGAGUAAGCUCGUAUACGACGUGAAGUACCACCCCAUGGACGAUGCCGUUCGACCCUCUCAGGCUGCCAAACGUCGCUCGGCACACGGAGAAAAGCUAGUCCCUGAGUCUGGCGAUUCAAGUGAGGCUUCUAGCAUCCUCGAUACUGACGCUGAUGAGACCGAGUCGGACGGUGCACAAAGCGAGGGAGAAGAUGAGGAGGAGAUACCGAAGCGAAAGACGAAGAGCAAGGCGCGCAAGCAGACCAAGUCGCGACCAGUACCUACCGAGGGUACGAGACGGUCUACGCGCAAUGUCUCGGGUAUCAAGGCAUCGUAUGAUAUGGGUAUACACCCUCAGGACAAGUAUCUCGUCAUAUCCAGCGAUGAUGACGACAGACCGAUCUCGAGCAACAAACACAAGAAGCUCUCUCGUAAGCGUGCGAAUUCCGGACAUGAUUCAGCAUCCAAUCCCAAAGGAGCGAAGAGGUUUAAAGCAGUCCAUGGGAGGCGAUCGCGCCCCGCCGACUACGACACAUCCGAUGCGUUGGACUUAGACUCCAGUGGUGCGCCCGUAUUCGCUAGUGUGGAGGACGGCAACAACAUUGAGUCCAGCGCUUGCGAGGCCUUCGAAAUCUUUCAAGAGAAACUUGAAGACCAGCUAGCGCGCGAAGCAAUGGAAGCGUCACCACUGAACUAUGAGCAUGAUGAUAAGGAAAACCCCAGCAACACAGGCCCCGAGCCACUCAUCGAGGAGAACGAAGGGAUGUCCAUCAUACCAGUUGCGCAAUAUCGACAGUCGAGCGCCGAAAAACAGGUGGCGGACCGACACUCCCUCGUCUCCAACGCUCUUUACUCUGACGAUCCUCCGCAAUCGUAUGGCCUAGACGGUACUGAUAAUAUCUAUGAAUCUCCUCAGGACGACCUCUUUGACGGCAUGAACAUACUCGCGUCUGGACAAUGUUUGCCUCCGGGUCAAACCCAACCCGAAGCGCAAACUGAGACGCAGGACUCAGUGAUCGGUCCCAGCCUGAUCAGCGAUAUUUCAGGGUCUGAUUUGUGA